AUGGGCGUAUCGAUCCAGCGGCGUUUCCUUACGCUGCAGCACCACAGCAGCAGCAGCAGCAGCAGCAGCAGCAGCAGCAGCAGCAGCAGCAGCAGCAAGAAAAGGGUAGGCUUGCGAGCAGCAGCAGCAGCAGCAACAGCAGCAGCAGGGUACUGUGCUUUCUGGGAGCUUCGUCGCCGCCACAUUCUCUACAAAGAGCUACCGCAAAUACGCAGACAGUUUGAGGGGGGCCCCCCCCCUGGGGGCCCCCCCCCGGGGGGCCCCUCCUCUGAGGGGGGCCCCCCUAGGGGCCCCCCCCGUGGGGGCCCCUCCUCUGGGGGCCCCUCCUCGGGGGGCCCCUCAUCUGGGGGCCCCUCAUCUGGGGGCCCCCCUGGGGGCCCCUCCUCUGGGGGCCCCCCCGCGGGGGGCCCCCCUGGGUCUGGUGGGGGGCCCCCUGAUGAAUUGGGUACUGGAUUGGGGGGCCCCUUUUACGGUAAGCUGUGGGGGCAGGCAACCGACUAUAUGAUAGAGAUGGGUUUAGAUAGCGGGGAUUUGUUGUUUAUAAGAAAAGAAAUAAAAACAUUAAACCCUUUUGCUGCUGUGAAGCUGGCGUUGCUGCGGCUGCUGCAGCGUCUGCUGCAGCAGCAGCAGCAGCAGCAGCUGCUGCAGCAGCAGCAGGGAGAAUAUGAUGAAGUUUGUAUUAUAUUAAAUAAAUACCAACAAAAAUUUGUGCUGUCUAGGGGCCCCCCCCGUGGGGGCCCCUCCUCUGGGGGCCCCUCCUCGGGGGGCCCCUCAUCUGGGGGCCCCCCUGGGUCUGGGGGCCCCCCUGGGGGGGGCCCCCCUGGGUCUGGGGGCCCCCCUGGGUCUGGGGGGCCCCCUGGGUCUGGUGGGGGGCCCCCUGAUGAAUUGGGUACUGGAUUGGGGGGCCCCUUUUACGGUAAGCUGUGGGGGCAGGCUACCGACUAUAUGAUAGAGAUGGGUUUAGAUAGCGGGGAUUUGUUGUUUAUAAGAAAAGAGAUAAAAACAUUAAACCCUUUUGCUGCUGUGAAGCUGGCGUUGCUGCGGCUGCUGCAGCGUCUGCUGCUGCAGCAGCAGCAGCAGCAGCAGCUGCUGCUGCAGCAGCAGCAGAUGGGAGAAUAUGAUGAAGUUUGUAUUAUAUUAAAUAAAUACCAACAAAAAUUUGUGCUGUCUGUACACCCCAAUGGGGGCCUCUGCUGCACCCCAUACGCAGACAAACUAGCAGCAGACAAGCAGCAGCUAGUUGCUGCUAGAAGACUCAGAUGCUCUGCUGCUGCCAGAAAAUAUAUCACACAUGUGCUGCUGCAUGCAUGCAACAGCAGCAGCAGCAGCAGCAGCAGCAGCAGCAACAGCAACAGCAGCGGCAGCAGCAGCGGCAACAGCAGCAGCAGCAGCAGCAGCGGCGGCAGCAGCAGCAGCAGCGACAGCAGCAGCAGCAGCAGCAGCAGGAAUGGAGUGGAUUUAUGUUUUGCUUCUUCUCGUGUUUCUGUUGAGCAGCAGCAGCAGCAGCAGCAGCAGCAGCAGCAGCAGCAGCAGCGGCAACAGCAGCAGCAGCAGCAGCGGCAACAGCAGCGGCAGCAGCAGCAGCAGCAGCAGCAGCAGCAGGAAUGGAGUGGAUUUAUAGUGCAGCAGCGUCCUCUCCAGCAGCAGCAGCAGCAGCAGCAGCAGCAGCAGCAGCAGCAGCAGCGGCAGCAGCAGGGGGAGCGGCAGCAGCAGCAGCAGCAGCAGCAGCAGCAGCAGCAGCAACAGCAGCAGCAGCAGCGGCAGCAGCAGGGGGAGCGGCAGCAGCAGCAGCAGCAGCAGCAGCAGCAGCAGCAGCAACAGAAGCAGCAGCAGCAGCAGCAGCAGCGGGAGCAGCAGCAACAGCGGCAGCAGCAGCAGCAGCAGCAGCAGCAGCAGCAGCAGGGGGAGCUGCAGCAGCAGAUAGCAGCAGCAAGAGAGUGGUUGUCUGUGUUUCCUUCUUUUUCAGCAGCAGCAGCAGCAACAGAAGCAGCAGCAGCAGCAGCAGCAGCAGCAGCGGGAGCAGCAACAACAGCGGCAGCAGCAGCAGCAGCAGCAGCAGCAGCAGCAGCAGCAGGGGGAGCUGCAGCAGCAGAUAGCAGCAGCAAGAGAGUGGUUGUCUGUGUUUCCUUCUUUUUGUGA